AUGACUGUACCAGGAGCAGAUGUGUUGCUGGAGCCUGAUCCACAAGUUGAGGUGCAGAACCUCGCCGUGGAACAGGUGGAACAGGUCCCUCCUGGAGACUCUGAGCGCGUUGAAAGCCCAGGCCCUGCGAUCUCCGAGAUGAAGGGCGCCAGACUACUGGAGGAAGGUUCCCGGCGCCUUCGGGAGAAUUUGCAGCGCCUGCGGCUGGAGAACCGGCGGCACCGAGUUCGUCCAGUUGUUUUUUCUGCCGACGUGGACGCUUCACUGGAGCUUCACGCAGAUCAGGCCGAGAAACCACGGCAUUUCGAGGAGCUGCGCCGGAAGAUCGCUGCGCUGGAGGAGGUGAGCUGGGCAGAGGAGCAGCGCCUGCGCCUGGAGCAGAAGGAAACCCAGGAGCGCAGGGAGAAACAGGAAGCCUUUGAGAGGAGUUUGCAGGAACAGCUGGAGCGCCAGCUCCAAGAGCACCGCGAGCGCGAGAUGGCUUCGCAGAGUUCGGCAUCGGCGAAAUACUCAGAAGAGACCAUCGACCACAAGUUUCCAUCAUGGAAUGGCGAAUGGAGUCGCUGGACUGAGUACAAGUUGAGAGUGGAGCUUCGCGCAGACAGUUUGAAAGAAGAUGAACGAGCCUUGCUGGGCCCUCGGCUCGCUGGCAAUCUGGUUGGCCGGGCUUUUGAUUCCAUCAUCGACAUUGACAAGGAGAAACUUAGGCAACAAGAUGGCUGGAAGUUUCUUCUGACCUUUUUGGAAGGAACACAGGGCAAGGAGAAGAUUGAUCUACUCGGUGAUGUCUUUGCUGACUUCUUCCUGAAGAAAGAGGUUUUCCGCAAGGACGGAGAGGAACUGUCAGAGUAUGAACCUAGGUUCAGACAGUUGCUUCGUCGCCUUGAGACCACCUUAGCUGAAUCUGGUGCAGAUGGGAAGAUCCCCAGUGAAGUUUUUGGAUGGUAUCUUUUGAACAUGUAUAUGCGCAUGGACCCGAGUGACGUGGCCAAUGUCAGGGGCAAAGCUGAAUCGUACAAGUUGAAGGACAUCACAGCCGCCCUUCACAAGAUGUGGAGUGGUGGUGGUUUAGCUGCCAAGGACCAAGACCUGAAGAAGCGUCGACGAGAAACAGGCCAUGCACUCCUUCUUGAGGAUGACAAGUCCUAUGAAGAAGCUUCAAACUCCUAUGAGCUUGAUGAGGAAGAGGAGUCCUAUGACACUGCAGAGAUGGAAGAGCUGAGCAGCUGGUACCAAGAGAGCCUGACGGCAUUCUUGGAAGAGCCCAAUGAUCCUGAGGUCCUGGCAUCCUUUCGUGAUGCCCGUCGUGCCUUGGAUCAGGCCAAGGUGGCCCGGGGCUUCUAUCCAGUUUCCAAUCCCAACAACCGCAACAGGACCUUUUCAGGAAACAAAGGUCGUGGAAAAGGAAAAUCCAAAGAUGGCUCGAACACUAGCAAAAUCUGUGUUCGAUGUGGCAAGAGAGGCCAUGAAGCCAAGAACUGCUAUCAACGUGGUCGAGCAGAACAAUCGGCUGCGGGAUCGAGUGGCAGUGGUGGCAAGGUCGGCUUUGUUGGGAUGACACAGCCUGCGAAGAUGGCUGUUGCAGAGAAUGAGCCCAAGGAGAACAUGUGCACUCCAGAGAUGAGCCAGGUAUGGUCUACUGGCGAAGGAAACAGCUUCCAUCGUGGAAAGGCAGUGAUUGACUCUGGCGCCUCUGACAAUGUGAUCGGUGUCCACACUAUGCAAGAACUGGUAGAUGUGUAUGAGAAGCUUGGUUUGAACUUUGAAGAUGAGGUGAGCAUUGAUCGAUCGAUGCGCAAGCAGUUCGUCUAUGGCAGUGAUCACUCCAGUUCGGCCUUGGGACUGUCCAAGAUGAAUACUGGCUUGCUGGGACAUGAAGUCAACAUCGAGACUCACAUGAUUGAGGGCAGCACACCCUUUCUCUUGAGUGCCAAGUUCCUCUAUGAGAUGCGUGCGACCAUUAACUUCCACACGGGAGUUGCCCAGUUUGCUGCUCUGUCGGAUCAGCAUUUUCAGCUGGAGCGUGGACCUGGGAACCAUUUGAUGGUACCCAUCACUCACUUUGGUGGCAUGCAGAAGGAGAUCAGUGACUUGCAGUGUGAGCCAGAUCCAUCCGUGAAUACUCUUAGCGCCGAGACAUCUGCGGGCCACGUGGCUGUGGCUGACAAUGGGGGAAGAUCUUUGUCCAUUGGUUUGCAUAACGGUUUUGAUUUGAAGACUGUUGGUUUUGUUCAUGAACAUGAUGUUUCUGGUGUCUUUGCCAAUGAAGGGGAAGCCCCCAAUCCCGAAGACGUUUUGGGUGAAGGUGCUGGGGAUUCUUUGGAUGACCAUGAAGAACCACAUGACAUGGGGGUUGAGAAUCAACCAGAUGACGCCCUUGAAAGACCGCAGAGGGUCGAGAUUGAUCCACAUUCAGACGAGAAUCCCGAAGAGAACGUUGCUCGGAUCAAACAGAUGUUGCGUAAUGUUCAUCGAAAUAUGGGACACCCCGGAAAUGAGGCUUUCACUCGUCUUCUUAGGGAUGCGGGAGCUUCUGAGGCAAUUUUGAAGGAAGCCCAGAAUUUCAGUUGUCCUGAAUGUUUGCAACGGGGUCGGCGAAGUCCGACUCGACCCAGUGUUGUUCCCAAAAUCACCCAAAAAUGGUUUUGUGUGAGCAUUGAUACUUUUUGGUGGAAAACCCCCAAAGAAGCUCUUCAGCCUGGUGAGAAGCCUGAGUACGUGGUUGGUUUGAGUAUGAUGGAUGAAGCCACGGAUUACCAUACGGCCAUUUUGGUGAAAUCUGGUAGUGAACAACCCCUUCGAAACAUCAGUGGGGAGGAUUUCAAAAAGGCUUUUUCACAGGGUUGGCUUCAGAUGUUUCCAGCACCAGCGCUACUUCGAUAUGAUGAAGAGGGUUUCCUGAAAAACCUUGACACUGUCGCUUGGCUGGAAAAAUUCGGAAUGAAGCUUGAACCGGUGGCAGGGGAGAGCGCAUGGCAGUUGGGAAAGCACAGUAGGAACUUAGGAAGGAAAAGUGCCAAGAUCAGGAACACAUCGGUGAUCCAAUUGACCAUGGCGAAGACAGACCUCAAGGACCUUUUGAAUAUGAAAGAGACCAAGGACGCAAUCGAGAAGCAGGGAGCCUUCGAAACGAUGACUCUGGCGGAAAUGGGCCUGAUGACCCUCCAGGAUGGGAAGGUCCACCGGGGCCACACCUUCGCCGAGAUCUACAAGGACAAGGGCUACAACAAGUGGGUAGCCAGUCACAUCACCGAGAAGGGCAAUCACGGAGCCUCCAUGAAGCAGUACGCAGCAUACCUGCGUCGGCGUCUGGAAGCCGAAGUGUAUCAGACCGAACCAAUUCCAUCGGAGAAUCCAGAAAAAGGAAGCCUUCCACCUCUCUCGAAAGACCUGAACAUCAGGACGGACGAGGAAGAGAUGACGACAACGUCUCAGUGGAGCAAGGUGGAGAUUCUGGAAGAGGAGUUGGUGGAUCUUCGUCAGGGGAACGAAGCAAUCCAUUACCGCAUGGCUCGCAUCGAGGAGACCAUGGGUCAGAUUCUCCAGUUCAUCCAGAAGCAGGCAGGCCUGAGGGCUAAGAAAGGUGCUGAAGUUACCUAUCGAAAACUUAGCCAAGAGGAUCAGAAACUGUUUGAUCAGGCUAUGCGUAAAGAACUUGAUUCUUUCCUUUCUAGUGAAGCCAUUGCCAUUUGCACUUCCCAUGGAGUUCCAGCUGAUCGUAUCAUGCAGAUGCGUUGGGUCCUAACGUGGAAGAGUGGAGGUUCUGAUGAGAAAACUGGUGGUGAACAGAAAAAGGCCAAGGCUCGGCUUAUUAUCAAGGGUUUUCAGGAUCCUCGUUUGACCACUUUACCACGUGAAUCACCAACUCCGAGUUCCUUGGGUAGAAACCUUCUCCUAGCUUGCGCGGCGCGAAGUCGCAUGCGUCUCAGUUCAGGAGAUAUCCGCACAGCUUUCUUGCAAGGUGAUGCCACGGAAUCCCAGGAUGAAUUGUAUGGAUAUCCUCCACCGGAAGUUCGUCAGAUGCUGGGUAUGAAGGAUCAUGAAAUCAUUCGAAUCAUCAAAGCCAUUUAUGGUUUGUUGAAUGCCCCCAAAAGAUGGUAUGAUUCCCUGAGUCGUUUCCUCAUUGACGAUGGUUGGAUUGUUCAUUCUCUUGACAAAUGUUUAUUUAAGCGUAUUGAUGAAAACAAUGAGAUUUCUGGUUAUCUUGGGAUUCAUGUCGAUGAUGUUCUUUGUGCCGGGGUUGGUUCUGAGUUCACUGCUGCUAUUAAUCGUUUACGUGAAAAAUAUCUUUUUGGUUCAUGGUCUUGUGCACAGGAGGGUUCCCUUACUUAUUGUGGUUGUGAAAUCACCCAAAAUGAUGAUUUUGGUAUCCAUGUCAAGCAGGAGCGAUUUGCACUUGGUAUUGAAGAGAUACCUAUGACCACUGAACGUCGAGAAAACAGUUUUGAUGAGAUCACACAUGGUGAACGCAGAAGUAUGAGACAGGCACUAGGUGCUCUUAAUUGGCGCGCAACACAGACAGCUCCUUGGUUGCUGGCUACUGUCUCAAUUCUUCAAGGGACUGUCGAGAGUGCUACAGUUGGUGACUUGGUGUCAGUAAACAAACUUGUCAGACUUCAAAGAAAACGUUUUGAUCAAGGGCUUUAUUUUCCUCCUUUAAUGGGCGAAGUGACUCUUGUGACUUUCACCGAUGCCUCAUGGGCUACCAGAAAAGACGGGUCAUCUCAAGGAGGUCAGAUUACCCUUUUGAUGGAAAAGAAUGUUUUGAAGGGACACCGAACACCUUUUUGUGUGUUGAGUUGGACAAGCCGACGUUUGCGACGGGUGGCUAGGUCUUCAACUAGUGCUGAAGCCCAAAUGAGUGCUAAUGCGUUGGACAUUCAUGAGUUCAAUAAACUGGGUUUCUGGGACAUGGACCAUUCUGAAAGGUUGGAUCUUCGUAGGGCUGAUGAUUACCUUUCUUCGUUUCUUUCGUGUUUGGUUUGUGAUGCUCGUAACAUUUUUGAUGGAAUUGUUCGUGUUGAGACUUCUGGUUUACAUAUGGAAGAAAAACGUACUGCUAUUGAAUUACUGGCUAUUAAAGAAAGGUUGAAACAGGCUAAUGUUAAUUUGAAAUGGGUCGAUGGGGAUCAAGAACUUGCGGAUGGUUUGACUAAACCUUGGAGACAUGAGCCCCUUAUCAAAGCUUUGGGAAAAGGAGAAUGGCGAAUCGUGUAUGAUCCGGAUUUCCAGUCUGCCCGGAAGAAAAGAGCGAUGAAGAUGGUGAGUCAGAAUGCUGAUCACUCAUAUUGGUUGCACUGUGUCUAUGCUCUCGAAUCCACUGCCAUGUGA